AUGACCGCCACAGCCGUGCGCCACCUCAAGUCGCUCGUCGGCGGCCGGGCCAUCGAGGGCCGCGGCGCCUUGCGCUCGCUCGUAGACGCGCGCUCGGGCGUCGCCAUCACGCAGUAUCACGAACUCGAAGCGAGCCAGGUGCAUGAGGCCGUCGAAAGCUCGGCGGCCGCACAGCCCGCGUGGGCAAGCUUGGCGCCGGCCACGCGCUCCGACAUUUUGCGGCGCGCCGCGCAUCUCAUCUCAGAACAGAGCGCCGAGAUCCAGAAGCUCGAGAGUCUCGACACGGGCCGCGUCAUUGCCGAAAUGGAGGGCGACAUUGCAAGCGCGGUGGACUGCCUCCAGCACUUUGCCGGGAUUGCGCCGACGUUUGGCGGCCAAAUGCUCGACGUGCAGUCGCCGAAUUGGGGCUACACGCGGCGCGAGCCAUUUGGCGUCACGGCGGGCAUUGGUGCAUGGAACUACCCGCUCCAGAGCGCUGCGUGGAAGAGUGCGUCUGCCCUUGCGUUUGGUAAUUCGAUGAUCUUCAAGCCAUCCGAAGAGACACCACUGACUGCGCUUCGGCUUGCUCAAAUCUACCUCGACGCAGGUGUGCCGCCGGGCGUCUUCAACGUCGUCCUCGGUGCUGGGAGCGUCGGUGCUGCACUCGUUGCCCACGAGGCCGUGCGCAAAGUGUCGUUCACCGGCUCGGCAGCGACGGGCAAGCGCGUGUACGCCGCCUGCGCCGAAGGGCUCAAGCCCGCGACGAUGGAGCUCGGCGGCAAGUCGGCGCUCAUCGUCUUCGCCGACGCCAACGUCCACGACGCCGUCUCGGGCGCCAUGCUCGGCAACUGGUUUUCCAACGGCCAAGUGUGUUCGAACGGCACGCGCGUCUUUGUGCAGCGCGAGAUCCUCGAGCCGUUUGUCGCUUGCCUCGUCGAGCGCACGAUGCGGCUGCGUAUCGGCGACAACCUCGACCCGACCAGCGACAUUGGCCCGAUGAUCCAUGCCGCCCACCUCGCAAAGGUCGAGAGCUACAUCACGCAGGGCCAGCUCGAGGGCGCGACCUUGCUCUACGGUGGCACGCGCGUCGGCGACGCUGGCGGCAACUACAUUUUGCCCGCCAUCUUUACCAACUGCACGGACGAGAUGCGCAUCGUCCAGGAAGAGAUUUUCGGGAUGGUCUGCGCGAUUUUGCCGUUCGACUCGGAAGACGAGGUCGUGACGCGCGCGAAUGCGUCGCCGCUCGGCCUCGCAGCCGGCGUGUUCACCAACGACCUCCGCCGCGCGCACCGCACGAUCGCCAGCCUCGCCGUCGGCACGUCGUGGAUCAACACGUACAACAUUGCGCCCGUCGAGCUGCCGUGGGGCGGCUACAAGCAGUCGGGCAUUGGCCGCGAGAACGGCAUCGCGGGGGCACACGCGUGGACGCAGCUCAAGUCGAUCUACGUCGAGAUGGACAAGGUGCCGUGCCCGUACGCCUAA